AUGGCCGCCACCUCGAGCAUGUUCCUCUACUCCCUCACCGUCCAGCCGCCCACCACCAUCACCCAGGCCAUCGUCGGCCAGUUCAGCGGCACCAAGGAGCAGCAGAUCCUGACCGCCUCCGGCUCGCGCCUCACGCUGCUGCGCCCCGACCCGGCCCAGGGCCGUGUCAUCACGGUGCUGUCCCAGGACGUCUUCGGCAUCAUCAGGUCCAUCGCCGCCUUCCGCCUGGCCGGGAGUAGCAAGGACUAUGUUAUCCUGGCUACCGACUCCGGCAGAAUUGCCAUCGUCGAGUACAUGCCCCAGCAGAACAGGUUCGUGCGGGACAAGCUCGAGACCUUUGGCAAGUCCGGCGUGCGCCGCGUCAUCCCGGGCCAGUACUUGGCCUGCGACCCCAAGGGCCGCGCCUGCCUGAUUGCCUCGGUCGAGAAGAACAAGCUGGUCUACGUGCUCAACCGCAACUCCCAGGCCGAGCUCACCAUCUCCUCGCCCCUCGAGGCCCACAAGCCCGGCACGGUGGUCCUGUCCAUGGUGGCUCUUGAUGUCGGCUAUGCAAACCCGGUCUUUGCCGCCUUGGAGAUCGACUAUACAGAGUCUGAUCAAGAUCCUACCGGCGAGGCUGCUCAAGAAAUUGAGACCCAGCUCGUCUACUACGAACUUGAUCUUGGUCUCAACCACGUCGUGCGGAAGUGGAGCGAGCCCGUGGACCCCACAGCCUCUAUGCUCUUCCAGGUCCCAGGCGGCAAUGACGGCCCUAGCGGUGUCCUCGUGUGUGGCGAGGAGAGCAUCACGUAUCGACACUCCAACCAGGAGGCCUUCCGCGUCCCUAUCCCGAGACGGAAGGGCGCCACGGAGGACCCCCAGAGGAAGCGGACCAUCGUGUCCGGGGUUAUGCACAAGCUCAAGGGCAGCGCCGGUGCUUUCUUCUUCCUUCUGCAAAGUGAAGAUGGCGACCUGUUCAAGAUUACUAUCGACAUGGCUGAGGAUGCUGAAGGAAAUGCAACCGGCGAAGUGGCUCGCCUGAAGAUCAAGUACUUCGAUACUGUCCCCGUGUCAACCAGCCUUUCCAUAUUGAAGAGCGGCUUUCUCUUCGUGGCAAGCGAGUUUGGCAACCAUCACUUCUACCAGUUUGAAAAGCUUGGUGAUGAUGAUGACGAGCUUGAGUUCUCGAGCGAUGACUAUCCGACGGAUGCCAAGGCGUCAUACGACCCUGCCUACUUCUAUCCAAGAGCUGCCGACAAUCUGAGUUUGGUGGAGAGCAUCAACUCCAUGAACCCGCUGAUUGACUGCAAAGUCGCAAAUCUGACGGCAGAUGACGCUCCGCAGAUAUACUCCAUCUGUGGCAACGGUGCGCGGAGCACCUUCAGGACCCUGAAACAUGGCCUGGAGGUCAACGAGAUCGUUGCCUCGGAAUUGCCCGGCAUACCGUCGGCAGUCUGGACGACCAAGCUGACGCAAGGUGAUCAGUACGAUGCGUAUAUCGUUCUGUCUUUCAGCAAUGGCACUCUAGUCCUCAGCAUCGGAGAGACUGUGGAAGAGGUGACCGACACCGGGUUUCUGUCGUCGGUGCCUACGUUGGCUGUGCAACAGCUCGGAGACGACGGCCUGAUACAAGUGCACCCCAAGGGUAUCCGACAUAUCCGCAAUGGUCGCGUCAAUGAAUGGUCCGCCCCUCAGCACCGCUCGAUCGUUGCUGCAUCCACCAACUCUCGUCAAGUGGCAGUCGCUUUGAGUUCUGGCGAAAUUGUCUACUUCGAGAUGGACGGUGACGGUUCGUUGGCAGAAUAUGACGAGAAGAAAGAAAUGUUUGGCACCGUCACCUGCUUGAGCUUGGGUGAGGUUCCCGAGGGGCGGCUGAGGAGUUCCUUCCUCGCCGUGGGUUGCGACGACUGCACAGUUCGUGUGCUUAGCUUGGAUCCGGAAUCGACUCUCGAGAGCAAGUCUGUUCAAGCUCUUACCGCCGCACCGACUGCCUUGUCCAUCAUGUCUAUGGAGGACUCCUCAUUCGGCGGAUCCACUCUAUAUCUCCACAUCGGUCUUCACUCAGGAGUAUACCUGCGAACGGUACUUGACGAGAUCACUGGCGAGUUGACAGACACGCGGCAGAAGUUCCUCGGACCGAAAGCUGUAAAGCUUUUCCAGGUUUCGAUCCAGGGUCGCACAUGCGUCCUAGCCCUGAGUUCAAGGACCUGGUUGGGUUACUCAGAUCCCAUAACCAAGAACUUCAUGAUGACGCCACUGGACUAUGAUGAUCUUGAAUGGGGAUGGAACUUCAGCAGUGAACAAUGUGAGGAAGGCAUGGUGGGAAUCCAGGGCCAGAAUCUCAAGAUCUUCUCCAUCGAUAAACUGGGGGAUACUCUAUUACAAGAAUCCAUUCCUUUGACGUAUACCCCGAAGCACCUGGUCAAACAUCCUGAGCACCCAUAUUUCUAUACCAUUGAGUCGGAGAACAACACGCUUCCGCCAGACUUGCGAGCACAAUUGCUGGCAGACCCGUCGGUGGUAAACGGGGAUGCACAGGUGUUGCCUCCGCAAGAAUUUGGAUACCCUCGUGGUCGAGGUCGCUGGGCCUCUUGCAUUAGUGUCGUCGACCCCUUGAUUGAGAAGGCCGUGCUUCAGACUCUUGAUUUAGGGGAGAACGAGGCUGCUGUUAGUGUUGCCACAGUGUCAUUCGCCAGCCAGGACAACAAGACUUUCCUCGUCGUAGGCACUGGGAAAGAUAUGAUUUUAAACCCACGCCAGUUUUCUGCCGGCUUCAUCCACGUCUACAGCAUCAGCGAAGAUGGCCGGACGGUUGAAUUUAUUCACAAGACAAAGGUUGAAGAGCCGCCCAUGGCCCUGAUUCAGUUCCAAGGUCGCUUAUUAGCCGGCAUUGGAAAGACGUUGCGAGCCUAUGAUCUAGGUCUAAGGCAGCUACUUCGAAAAGCACAGGCGGAGGUAGCUCCACAACUCAUUGUGUCUCUCCAGACACAGGGCAGUCGUAUCAUCGUAGGUGAUGUUCAGCAGAGCGUCACCUAUGUCGUCUACAAAUACGAGAGCAACAAGCUCAUUCCGUUCGCCGACGAUUCGAUUCCUCGCUGGACGAAUUGCACCACCAUGGUCGACUACGAAUCCGUAGCUGGAGGCGACAAAUUUGGCAACAUCUGGAUUGUUCGAUGUCCCGAAAAGGCCAGUAUUGAGGCUGAUGAGGAUGGCGGCGGAGCACACCUACAGCACGCCAGAGAGUAUUUACACGGUACCAACCACCGUGUCAGCCUGAUGAGCCACUACUAUACUCAGGACGUCCCGACAAGUAUUAGCAAAACGAACCUUGUAGUUGGCGGCCAGGACGUCCUUCUUUGGAGUGGUAUUCAAGGCACUGUCGGUGUCUUUAUCCCACUGGUCAGCCGUGAGGAUGCCGAUUUCUUCCAGAGCCUCGAAUCCCACCUUCGAAGCGAAGAUCCACCGCUUGCCGGGCGUGACCACCUCAUCUACCGAGGAUACUAUGUGCCAGUCAAGGGGGUUAUCGACGGCGACCUCUGCGAGAGGUUCGCUCUGCUACCUAACGACAAGAAGCAGAUGAUAGCAGGGGAACUUGAUCGAUCGGUGCGGGAAAUCGAGAGGAAAAUCUCGGACAUCCGCACGCGGUCUGCGUUUUAA